CACAUACACCAUACCUGGCGGAGAAUUCAAUGGCAUCAACGAUGAGUUCGAUUCGCUCCUCCUUUUCUUUACUGAUCCUUUUCAUUAUCUUCUUCCUCUCCUUCAAUGCCACGACAUCGUUCAACCAUCUCAUUCAAGAAACCUGCAAGAAAAGUUCGGAGUCUGAUCCAAACAUAAGCCUCAACUUCUGCAUUUCUUCUUUAGAAUCAGAUCCCAGAAGCCACAGCGUCACAAGCCUCACUAAUCUUGGCCUCAUCUCCAUGAAUCUAAUCAGAACCAACGUCUCAGAAUCUAGGGUUUACAUUGAACACCUCUUGAAGAAGACAAAGAAGAAGAAGAACACGAAGGGGUCGAAAGAUCGGUAUAUCAGAGAAUACUUGAAGGAUUGCUUGGAACUGUAUUCAGAUGCCAUCACGACUCUUGAAGAAGCCAUUGGAGAUUACAAGAGAAAGCGUUAUGUAGAUUCGAACGUCAAGGUAAGUUCUGUUCUUGAUGCGUCUUCCACCUGUGAAGAUGGGUUCGAGGAAAAGAGAGGAGUGGUUUCACCAUUAACGAAGAGAAACAAUGAUACUUUUCAGUUGUCCGCCAUAGCUCUCUCCAUCAUUGAAAUGGUCCGGCAAUGAAAUUAUUUUACAGCGAGCUCGAUCAUAACAAAUGAUAUAGUAAUUUCUUCAUGGAUUAGGCCUCUAAUACCAGUUAUAGUCUGUAAUGCUUUUUGUAAUGUCUCAGAUGCACAAUUUUUUUCC